UAUUUACCGAGCGGGGUGUUGAUGAGGACGACCUCCACCCCGGUGGCCUGCUGGGCUCUCUGGAGCUCGUCCAGGUCCGAGUCGUAGGGCCAGGCGACUUCCACAGCCCGAAACCCGGCGGAAGCGGCACUGUGGAUCCUCUGGCUCAGUUCCGGAAGCUCCGUGAAAAGCCACGAAAUGUUGGCGCAGAACCGGAGCCGGGACAUGUUUCAUGCUUUUUCUGGACAAGACGACUGGACACCCGCGUUAAGUUACCGACACGGACACAGCGGAGCAGCCUAUGUCGAACAUGGCUCCUGCUUCCUCUAAACAGCUGAUUGCAGCCACUUUUACCCCGUUAACUGAUCAAGGUGAAAUCAACCUUGAAGUGAUUGAACCUUAUCUCGACUACUUGAUAAAGAAGCAAGGAAUAUAUAGCAUAUUUUUGAACGGCACCGCCGGGGAGGGCAUGUCUCUCAGCGUGGAGGAGAGGAAGCUUCUGGCAAAGCACUGGUGUGAGAAAGCCAAAGAAAAAAACGUUCAUGUGAUUGUGCAUGUUGGUUGCACGAGUCUUAAAGAUUCCCAGGAGCUGGCUGAGCAUGCAGCAUGCAUCAAGGCUGACGGGGUUGCGGUCAUUACCCCUUCCUUCUACAAACUCAAGACUGCAGAUGCAUUGAGGAAGUUCCUACAGGAGGGUGGCGCGCUUUGCCCAGGGUUUGCCCUUCUAUUACUAUCACAGUCCUGCUGCCACCGGUAUUACCUUGCAGCUGAGAGAGGUGAUGGAAGGUAUUGAGACGCUCAUUCCCUCCUUCAGUGGUGUGAAGUUCGCCAGCAGUGACAUGAUGGACUUUGGUCUGUGCCUCAGUAAUUACCAGAAGCAGUUGUUCCUGUUCGGCUUGGACGAGUAUCUCCUACCAGCGCUGGCAAUGGGAGCAGGAGGGGCAGUGGGCAGUACAUAUAAUUAUCUGGGACGCCAGGCCAGCCAGCUCAUUUCAGCUUUUGAGGAAGGUGACCUCGUCCAAGCCAGGAAAAUCCAGAACAAGAUACUAGAACUUAGCAGUUCCAUCAUGGGAAAAGGUGGGUGAUAGCCAGGGUUCUAGCUAGGACCAUUUUAGUGCCGGGUAAAUGACGUGAUCCCUGAAGCUAUAGGGGUUUUAUACCACUAAAACAUUACUGUUUUCAGCUGC